UCAACCUAACCAUCUUGGGUUGGAUUCUCUACCAGCCCGGCUCUUAUAUUUUUGGUCCUUCCAGGGCGAAGCAGUUAUAUUCUUGGGGAAGAAGGAAAGGCUGCCCUUAGAAGGAACUCAUAGCAGCGAGACGGCUUGGGCCGCUUUUGUUUUUACUGACCUGCACCGAACAAAUUUGACUUCCGGAGUCAGUCAUUUUGGUGUCAAGAAAUUUCUUCGGCAUUCUACAAUGGUUCCCAAAGUGGCUGGGAUGCGUUAGAGACUGAAGGGGACGCAGAGCGCUGUCAGGUGCCUUCGCUUCUUGGAGCAGAAGCCAACAGAGAGCUGUUUGACAACGUCUCAUUCACACACCAGUUGAAGACUAGCCCUUGGAGGUUUUCAAAGUAGAUCGUGCGUCUUCCUCAGAUGGAUGGGGAGAAGUAACAUUCUGCAAGUUGCUGUCAGAGGUCCUGAGAACACAAACGCAUCUGGUUUUUAUCCCCCUUGUUGAAUGGCCUUUGCUCCAGCAGCCCACUGAGGGCUCUUUUCCUCGGGAUUCUGAAGUCUUAAAUAACUAAGGAUGCAGGCUGGGAAGAUGCUGAGUUCCAUCAAGUGUGUGCUGGUAGGAGACUCUGCCGUGGGGAAGACCUCUCUGUUGGUGCGCUUCACCUCAGAGACCUUCCCGGAGGCCUACAAGCCCACAGUGUAUGAGAACACGGGUGUGGACGUCUUCAUGGAUGGCAUACAGAUCAGCCUGGGUCUCUGGGACACAGCUGGCAACGAUGCCUUCAGAAGCAUCCGCCCGCUAUCCUACCAGCAGGCAGAUGUGGUGCUAAUGUGCUACUCCGUGGCCAACCAUAACUCUUUCCUGAACCUGAAGAACAAGUGGAUUGGUGAAAUCAGGAGCAACUUGCCCUGUACCCCCGUGCUAGUGGUGGCCACCCAGACUGACCAGCGGGAGGUGGGGCCCCACAGGGCGUCCUGCAUCAAUGCCAUAGAAGGGAAGAGACUGGCCCAGGAUGUGAGAGCAAAGGGCUACCUGGAGUGCUCAGCCCUUAGCAACCGGGGGGUACAGCAGGUAUUUGAGUGUGCCGUCCGAACUGCCGUCAACCAAGCCAGGAGACGCAACAGAAGGAGGUUCUUCUCCAUUAAUGAGUGCAAGAUCUUCUGAACCCCAAGAGACUUCACCCAACACUCAUUUACUCACCCUAAAGGCUAACGGGGACGGGGAGAGCAGAGAAGUCAGCAAGGGUUGAUGCUCUUUCUGGGUGCGUCCCCAGCAGCGUUUUCGUUUGGAUACAGUUGCUGCUGGGCCUCGGCCAUUGGAUGUUUUUCCUAAGU